UGUAUUUGAAUAAAUAGUUUGUGACUCAUUUUGUGUUUCAGUUCAGUUACAUUUCUAAACAGCUAUUAAACAGGUAUGGGGGAUGACACUGAAUGGCUCAAGCUUCCAACUGAAGAGAAAUGCCAGCACAAGGCAUGGAAAGCAAGAGUGGCUGGCUAUGAAGAGGCUACUAAAUUGUUCAAUGGUCUGGAUGAGAAAAGUCAAGAAUUUACCCGUUAUGGUGGCCUCCUGAAGAAGUUUGUCACAGACAGCAAUGCUGUAGCUCAAGAAAAAGGUUUAGAAGCUGUUCUUGCCUUUGUUGAAAAUGCCCCUACGAACAUUUGUGCAAGAACCUGUAAUGAAGUUGUUAGUGGGAUAGUGACCAAGUGUAUGAACGCCAGCAAGCAGAAGACUAAAGAUAAUGGAACUGAGAUUAUUAUGUUGUACAUCGAGGCUGAGAAGCCAGACAUUGUUCAGGAAUGUUUGAUGGCAGGAAUGGAAAACAAGCAACCUAAAAUUGUUGUCGGCUGUGUCCAGGCAGUAACAUCAGCAUUAAGAGAUUUUGGCACAAAAGUCAUUCAAGUGAAACCAUUACUGAAGCUGUUGCCCAAACUAUUGGAUGACCGAGACAAAACUGUGAGAGAUGAAACCAAGCAGCUGGUCAUUGAGCUGUACAGGUGGAUUGGGGCUGCAUUGAAGCCACAGAUGACCAACUUUAAACCCAUUCAGGUUCAAGAGUUUGAAGCUGAAUUUGAAAAGUUGCCUGCUGGUAAACCUGUCCAGACUAGAUUCAUGCGAUCCCAACAAGAUCUGAAGGCCAAAAUGGAGGAACAAGCUGUGGCUGCAGCUGAGGGAGGCAAUGAAGAUGGCGUGGAUGGAGCAGAUGAAGAAGAAGCCAUUGACCCUUAUGAUUUGAUGACACCAGUAGACAUUCUUGCACAAAUUCCCAAAAACUUCUUUGAACAAAUUGAAGCCAAAAAAUGGCAGGAGAGAAAGGAAGUGUUAGAGGUGGUUCAGAAGUUGUCAGAGAGUCCUAGAAUAGAGAAUGGAGACUUUGGUAACUUGAUCAGGGCAAUCUUGAAGGUCAUUGCUAAAGACUCGAAUGUCAUGCUUGUCACCAUUGCCGCUAAAACAUUGGCUGGUAUUGCCAAGGGAUUGAGGAAAAAAUUUCAGCCAUAUGCAACUCAGUGUGUUUCCACGAUUCUUGAAAAGUUCAAGGAAAAGAAACAAAAUGUGGUAAUUGCACUUCGAGAAGCCAUUGAUGCUUGCUAUGAAUCGAUUAAUUUAGAAGCCAUUAUGGAGGACACUGUCGCUGCCCUAGAUAACAAGAACCCAAGCAUCAAGAUGGAGACUGCGCUGUUCUUGUCUCGUUGUUUUGCCAGGUGUACACAGGCCACCUUACCAAAGAAGAUGCUAAAGGCUUAUGUCACACCUUUACUUAAGACUGUGAAUGACACAGACCCAACAGUAAGAGAGGCAUCCUUCGAGGCACUGGGCGUGGCGAUGAAAGUUGUGACAGAGAAAAACAUUUCCCCCUUCCUGACAGACAUUGAUGCUUUGAAGUUACAGAAGAUUCAAGAAUGGUGUCAGAAGGCUGUCUUACUCAACUCUAAAGGAGAAGCUCGGGCAGAGAAGUCAGCCCCAGCUGCGGCUGCACCAGCUGGGAAAAGGCCAGCUUCAGCUCCUGCUGCAAAGGCUGGCAGUGAAGAGCCCAAGGCAGUGAAGCGUCCACAGACUGGUGCUCCUAAACCAGGCGGGCCUCCCAAACCAGGAGCUGCUGCAGGAAAAGGAGGCAAGCCCAAGCCAGCAGCAGGUAAAGGACCAGCCAAAAAGGGGUCCAAUAAACCUGAAGAAAAAAUAGAGCCAACGCUUAGUUCAGGUAAACACGUUCCAUAUUGGGAGUCACAUCGCAAUCACUCCUUUGGAGGAAGUGAUGAAGCUGUGGAAGAAAAAGCCCAGAGUUUCCUCCCUGGAGAUAUAUUAACCAAUCUGGCAAGUGCCAAUUGGAAGGAAAGACUGGCUGCUAUGGAAAGUUUUGUCAAGGUUGUCAGCAGCACUGGUAAGGAGGAAAUCCCUUGUCAGGUUUGUGUCAGAGUUCUCAAUAACAAACCUGGUCUGAAAGAAACAAACUUUCAGGUGCUGAAACUUAAGUUGGAGCUGAUAGCUCAUCUGACUCGCAACGCCAAGUUCUCCAAAAAAUGUGCAGAGUUUGUGUUAACAGAUAUUGUGGAUAAACUUGGAGAUGCUAAGAAUGGUGCAGCAGCCAAAGACUGUUUGACUGGAAUGUCUGAGGCUGUAGGCUUGGACUACAUCAGUCUAGAGGUUAUGACCAGAGCCUUUGAACAAAAAAAUCCUAAAAAUCAGCAGGAGGCUUUGACCUGGCUGACAACAGCCAUACAGGAGUUUGGUCUGAGACUAAAUGUCAAAGCCUUAUUGGCAACUAUCAAUAAAUCCCUGGCUGCCACUAAUCCAGGAGUCAGGCUUGCUGGUAUAAGUCUACUGGGUGUCAUCUAUACGUACAUGGGGGACACACUUCGUGUGCUCUUUGAGAAUGAGAAGCCUGCCCUGCUACAACAGAUUGAUGCUGAGUUUCAGAAGAUGAAAGAUGUAAAGCCCCCAGCACCAACCAGAAAAGUGAUCACUGAUGUGGAUGAACCAGACGGAGAGGAUCAGCCAGAUGGGGAGAAUGAAGAAGAUGGAGAGGCGGAGAUUCAAGAUCUGCUGCCCAGAAAUGACAUAAGCGAAAAAAUUACUGAAGAACUUUUGGCUGAGUUAACAGACAAGAAUUGGAAAGUUAGAGGCGAGGGUCUACAGAAAGUGAGCACCAUUUUAUCUGAAGCCAAAUUUGUCUUUCCUAGUUUGGGCUCUCUGCCAGAAGCUCUAAAAGCCAGGCUAGCGGAAUCCAAUAAAAAUCUGCAAAUGACUACCAUAGGGAUAUGUUCCACUUUAGCCACAUCCUUAGGACCACAUUGUAAAGGACCUUUCAAAGUCAUUGGACCUGGCCUCCUGUUGUGUUUGGCUGAUUCCAAGCCUGCACUCAGAGAGAAAGUCGUCGCUUGUUUAAACGUUUGGGUUGAGCAUGCCACCAUUCUGCCUCUGGUGGAGAGUGAAGCGCUGUUUGAUGCUUUGAAAACUGAGAGCCCAUUCCUUAGAGCUGAGCUUUUGGGCUGGCUGGCUGAGAAACUCCCAAAUCACAAGCCACUCCCCCCCGAACUCAGGAGUAUCUGUCCCUAUGUGCUGACCUGCCUGGAGGACAGGAAUGCGGAUGUCAGGAAACGAGCCCAAGAAUCUCUUGUUCCACUGAUGAUCCACACCGGCUAUGACGCCUUCUUAAAAGCUCUUGGAAAGUGCAAGCCAGCUACAAAGGAUCAGGUUCAGCCACUGUUAGAGAAGGCGAAAGGUGAAUUGCCAGCUAAGCCUGUCAAGACAGCGGCCAAGAAGCCUCCUCCUGCUGCAGCAGCUCCAGCAAAGAGCACCUUGAAGCCUGCACCUUCCACCGCAAGUAUAUCAGCCAAGUCAGAGGAGGCAGACGAUGACGAGCCCGCAGAAAAACCUGUCAGAUCCGAGAGUAAAUCUCGUGUGGUUAAAGGCAAGGGCAAGCCUGCACCAGCAGCCAGCAGCAAGAAAAAAGAGGAAGAAGACUUUGGUCCUAUCAUGAACAUGACUGUCUCCAAAGAGCAAAGAGUCAAAGAGGAAAAAGCCAUGAAGGUGCUGAAGUGGAACUUCAUAGAACUUAGGGGAGAAUUUAUAGAGCAACUCAAAUCCCAAAUGGAGAAAAAUUUUAACCGUGCCAUUAUGGCUGACCUGUUCCAUGCUGAUUUCAAAAACCAUAUAAAAGCCAUUGAGCAACUUAUAAAGUGUAUUGAGACUCAGGAAAAAGAGACUUUGAACAAUCUUGACCUUUUGCUGAAAUGGUUUACAAUCCGUUUCUUUGACACAAAUCCAAGCAUGUUGAACAAAGCCUUGGACUACAUUCAACAACUCUUCUCUAUGCUGGCUUCCCAGGACUACCACUUGAGUGAUUUAGAGGCCAGCUCAUUCAUUCCUUAUCUCAUUCUUAAGAGUGGAGAUCCUAAAGACAAUGUGAGACGAGACGUACGAAACAUCCUGAAACAGAUGUGUAAGAUUUAUCCCUCUGUCAAAAUGUUUAGCUUUAUUAUUGAAGGAUUGAAGUGUAAAGUGGCCAAACAAAGACAAGAGCUGCUGGAGGAGCUCGGAUGUUUGAUAGAAAAUUAUGGCAUCAAUGUCUGCCAACCCUCCCCUGCACAUGCCUUAAAGAUUAUUGCUGCCCAGAUUGGGGACAGGGACAAUGGUGUGAGAAACGCUGCCCUAAACACCAUUGUCGUUGCCCAUGGAAUUAUUGGGGAAAAUGUUUACAAGUUUAUUGGCAAUCUGAAUGACAAAGAACAAAGUCUUCUGGAUGAGAGAAUCAAGAGAGCCACCAAGAACAAGGAAGCUAAGCCAGUGAAAGAACCUCUGCAGCCUCAGCAGCAGCCACAAGCUCAGCGACCAAAGACAGCUCCAGUAGGAAACUUGGCCAAAGCAGCUUCUCAACCUAACAUUGCCAGGAUGGAGCCGGUCAAGAAGACCUAUCACCUAGAGCUGGAACCAGAGGAAGAUUGGGAGCCAGUCUUUCCUCAAUUAAUAGAACUUGACCUGGACACUGUCAUGGCUCCUAUAGCUAAACCAAAAUUCAUGGAACGUCCUGCCUCACCCAGUCUGGCUUCCAAACUGAUUGGUUCAGCAGAUGUCUCCGCCAGUAUUGGCAGUGUGGUGUCUCUUAUAUCCAAUGUGGAGAUCAACACCAGCAUCAAAGCUUUAGCCCAGAUUGAUGAGGUCUUGAAAGACGAAAGGAAAGCCUCUGUCAUGGCCAAUCACAUAGAUAAUCUUCUGGUGGUCAUUACGUUGCAAAGUAAAAUGGGUCUAGGCAAACACCUGCAUGACCCCCAAGUGGACAACAAAGAAGUGAUUCGCCUCUAUAGAUGUCUGCUGAGUACAUUGUUGAGUAUAUUUGACAAAACUCCAAUGGGCAAGAAAGCCUCCACACACACAUUAAAAGAUCUAAUGAACAGCCUGCUGACUGUCCUCCUUGACACUAGGAUUGAACAAAUGGAAGAUGGCCCGCACAUCAUUAAGACAGUCAACAUCACUGUGGUCAAGAUCAUUAACAAAUCAGACGCCACCAAUAUAACUUGUGCAAUCAUCUCACUAAUGAGGGAAUGUUUACAAAGUGAGACAUGUUCCUACAAAUUUUUGGACUUGGUCAUUAAGUGCCUGUGGAAAAUUUUAAAUUUGGUGCCAGAGAAAAUCAACGAGCUCAACUGCGACCGUGUGAUCUAUGAGACACACUUGUUCUUCCAGCAGUUUCCCACAUCCAGCUGGAAAAGUCGACCCAAUUUGGACAUGCCAAUCAGAACAAUCAAGACAUUACUACACAAUUUGACCAAAUUGAAAGGACACAAGAUCUUAAGCCACACUGGUUUGAUUGGUGCCUCAGAGAACUCAGAAGUGGAAGCAUAUCUACACACAGUUCUAGCUAAAAGUGGGAACAGAACUGAAGACUUGAAUGCUGAUAAGGUCAAGAGUGCAUCAAAGAACAAAAGAGUCUCCAAGACACAUGAGCUCCUGACGGAGAUUUUCAAAAAAAUUGGCACUAAGGAAAACACAAGGGAGGGACUGAAUGAUCUGUUUGACUUCAAGAAAAAAUAUCCUGAGGCUGACGUGGAGCCAUUCUUGAAGAAAACUUCACCCCAUUUCCAAAAAUACAUCAGCAACAUGUUAUCAGAGAUAGAGAGAGAAAGAGGAGGGAAGAAGGCGGCAGGAGACUCUGUUUACAAGGAGAAUCCAUCAGAUGAAGACAAUGAGACCACAGUUGGCCCUGAAAUGCCUGAUGUGGAUUUCUACAGGGAAAAACUUCGAGCAUUGAGGGCUAGGUGUGGUCUGGACAGUAACAAUUCAGGGGAGACUGACAGUAACAGAGCAGUCAGUGGUAAUCAUCCAGUGACUGUGCAAGCUGAUUCUCUUGAUGACACAGACCAUGGGGAGAUGGAUAUUCAAUGGAAGAGCAGUGCUCCUGCAGUCAAAGAAGAAGAACAGCAAAAACAAGUGAUUGAUGUGACCAGUCUAAAGGCAAGGCUGGAAAAAAUCAAGAAAAUGGCAAACAGCUAAACCUAGGAACAAACAAUUCCACUCCAUUUAGUUUUUGAUAUUUUUUUUGUUACAAAAAAGUCUUUCUGGAAAAACAAAAAGACGUAAAAUGCCUUCAUCUUCUUCACAUCAAUGUUGUUUUUUAAUUUUUAAAAUUGCCAUUUUGCAAGAAGCUUGUUGCGACAUUGAUAAGUAUGUCUGUGGAGCUAAUAGAAAGAAACGAAGCGUAUGUAUACAUCUGUCAUUUUAAUGACUUUCACUUAUCUGGUAGCUCCAUUUGGCUGUUGUUAAUUUCCCAUGGAAAAUUUUUGAUUUCUUAAAACAAUGGCUAGGAAAAAAUAGUUGUUUUUUUUUAAAUCAGGGAUCUAUAUGCAAUAUAUUCCCCCCUGUACAUACUUAUAAAUAGAUCUAUGUAUAUUUAUACAAGUUUUUGUUGAUGCUUGCCUUUAAAAAUGUUGUCUUUAGUUUCCGCUACAAAUGUCUGGUAGUACAACAGUAUUAUGAUAAUACAAACGCCCUUUAGUUAUAUCAAGCUUCUAUUAUUUUUAAAGUACAUCUGUCUUGCAUAUUGCAUCUGUUUUGCAUGUUGCACUUUACGGAUAUUGAACCACUUUGAAAAUUGUCCUAUAUAAAAGGGUACCACAAGGUUUUGGUUAGAGUU